AUGUCAUAUUUAAGCUUCAGUAAGGAUCAGAGUUUUUAUUUUGGUGCAGAUCAUGAUCUCUUCGGACAACAUGCUAUCUUUGCUGAAAAUACAGCUGUAUCAUCUGCUAGUCAUCCUUGCCCAUAUAUCGCUUACUUUGGACCAGUUCACCCCUCGUCCUCAAAUUUCAGUGGAAGUAUUUCAGAUGGUUCUAAUUUCAACAGUCAAUGGAGUGCUGCGUCAGUUACAAGUGAGAUGCCCACUUCUUAUGGUUUUCCUACCGCAGAUGUCAGUUAUCAUGGUUGGGAGCACCAGUCCUCUGCCUUCCCUACAAUGAGUAGUCCCCUUGGUGGUGCUGAUCAGCCCUCAGCUCCAUCUGUGACUCAUAGGGCGACUAGGGCCAAUCCUGAUGUUCCAAGAUCAGGAUCUUUUUUGCAUCCAUUCCUUGUUGGGCACAGGUAA